AUGUCUGAUGCGAUCAAGCGUAAAGUUCGGCCUGCAGGAGAGAGAGGCUGCGGAGGAAGAGGAGGUAAAAUAAGCAAAGGAGGAUCCGGCGGAAGAUGGAACACUCCUCACCAGCUCGCUGUGGCGGCUUCUCGCAUUAGCGGAAGGAUUGAGCCGGGUGAUAGUGGAGUAUGGGCCACAUGUGCGCGUGGAAUGGAAGGAAAAGCUACCGAAGAGCUUCGGCUCUUUCUUGAGGAGUGUGCUCAAAAAUUGUACGGAAUCAUAGCGGAUGCUCCUCAGGUUGAAGAAGAGGAAGAUGAUGAUAUAGAAGCCUACAUCCAGAAAGAGAUUAAGGCAUUAGGAAAGUCGAAAUCCGCGCCGAAACUAUUCUCACCAGUGUAUCUAGAUCUACAAUGUGUCUUGUUCUUCAAGACGCGACCACCUAUCGACCCGGUCAAAUUUGUGGAGGAUAUCAUAAAGCUGGUCGUGGAAGAGCCCAAUCUUUAUCGGACGAGAUACAUUAAUCGAUUAACGCCCAUGACGCUAAUGGAAAAGGCAACAGAAAAAGGUCUUCAAGAACUUUCGAGUAAAGUCUUAUCGAAACACUUUCGUCUUGCUACGCAUGAAUCUCAAGAGGAAAAUCAGGAAUCUACAAAUGGCAAUCGCUUUUCUUACGCUAUUCGACCAACCAUCCGAAACCAUAACACCCUCAAAAGAGACGAAGUCAUCAAGCAAAUAGCCGCUUCAAUCUCUAAUUCCCACCAAGUUGACCUGGUUAAUGCGGAUAGGGUAAUCAUAAUAGAGAUAUAUCAGGGUAUCUGUGGCAUGAGUGUCGUGAUGGGAAAAGAGUGGGAGAUGCAUAAGCGCUACAACUUGAAUGAACUUUAUCCUCCAAAAAUCAAGCCAUCGAUGAUGAGUGUUAACGCUCCUAACUUCAAGUCCAACCAGCAAUAA